AGACCACACUCGGACCUAUAAAAGGGCUACAUCUAGACGAUGAUUGUACAGUCUCAAGACAUUCUUACAAACAACCACACAAUUAAACAAACAAGAUGUUCAAGCUGACAAUCCUGCUCGCUUUCAUCGCUUACACCCAAGCUGGUAUCAUCGCGCCGGUCGUGCACCCAGUCGUGACCCACCCCGUGGUGCACUCGGUCCACUCAGUGCACCCAGUCGUGCACCCAGUGGUGCACCAUGCACCCAUCGUCCACGCCCCGGUGGUUCACGCUGCGCCCAUCGUACCCAUCGUGAAGCACGCACCAAUCAUAGCCGUACAUCAUUAAUCUUACAGAGAUGCAUUUAAAUAAAUAUUUAUAUUUAUAACA